AUGAUGGUGAUGAAAAGACAAAAUGCAUCUCGUCUUCUGGAGCUGGGUGACCCAAUGGACACAAUCGCCUUGAAAAUUCUGGAACACAGGCUCGCCCACCCGAGCCGUGCCCGCAUAAGAAAAGCGCAGCACGCGCCACAGGCUGGUGAUUCGAGGUCCAUUCGGCCCUCAAGUCCCACUGCCCCCCCGAAGGCCACAGCCAAUUCACGGCAACCCACCGCGCCUCGCCCCGAGGCACCAAAACCAACCCAGCAAGCCCCUCGCGGCCACUCACAGCCCACCAGCCCCCCCAGCCCGAUCGCCCAGCCGCUCGCAUCGGCGCGGCGCGGCACGCCGGGGGGGCGGGGGAUGGCGCGGACUUGCCGCGCGUGCGCCGCGGCGUGCGGCCUGGCGGUGGGCAUCGCGGCGCUGGCGCUCGCCGGCGUGUACCUGCCCGGGUUCAUCGACGGGCAGCUGCAUCAAGGGGUGAGGGAGUACGUCGUGAUGAGGCCGCAGGCCGCGGAGGACUACUAUGGACGCUUUCUCAACAACACAAAUGAGGGAUCUACACCCUCUUACGUGCGCUUUUGGAUGUUCAACAUCACCAAUUUGGACGAGGUGCACAAAGGGGCCAAGCCGAAUGUGACGGAGAUGGGCCCAUACACCUACCGAGCGUACUUCGAAAAUUUUGGCGUUGAGUUUGACUACGCUGGGAUGAUGUCAUAUAGGGGAUAUACAAAGUACAUCUUCCAGCCAGACCUCAGCCCUGGCGUUGCUGAGAACGAUACUGUUGUCACCCUCAACCUGCCAUUUCUUGGGGCACUUAUUGAACUCAAGGCCAGGUACAAGCACUUCCAUUGGCUCAUGGACAGGAUCUCCUAUUUAAUCGAGAGAUGGGGCCAGGGCAAGGCGAUGGGCUUGUUCAUGAGCCGAAGAGUGGAGGAGCUGCUGUGGGGCUAUCUGGAUCCUCUCCUCUACAGGCUGCAGGACUACGUCGAUGUGAAUCCAGAGUUCUCUUUGAUGCACAAUGGGAGCGUCGAUGUGGCAUUGUCGGAUGAGCUAACAGUCAUAAACACAGGAGCCGCCAACCUGACUGCAUUGUGCAAUAUCGAGCAGCUGAGAGGUGUCUCGAAUGUGUCAUCAUGGAACAACCACACAGAGAUGGUCCGAGGAACAGACGGGGCUCACUUCCACCCUUGGAUGGCGGACAAUGAGACCAUGACUGUGUGGGUCAACGAACUCUUCCGGGCCGUGGAAUUGUCACCCAUUGGUUCCGUGGAAAAGGACGGAGUCAGGCUCCUCAGAUACGAGUUGGACCCAUCCAUGGCCAAUGCGGACCCCCGAUUCUAUCAAUACGUUGAAGGCCUGUUCAAUGCAACUAGCCCCACAGUGGCAGGCCCCAAUGGACCCUCGGACCAGCAUGGCCUGCCAGUGUACUUCUCAUUGCCGCACUACUGCCACGCUGCAUCCAAUCUGGCAGAGGGCGUGAAUGGCCUGAAAUGCAACUUGACACGGCAUGAGCUGUACAUCGACGUGGAGCCAGUGACAGGCCAGACGUGGCGUGCAGCCAAGCGCCUCAUGAUGAGCUCCGAGUUUGGUCCGGACUUCAAGAGUGUGGAUGCACACCUCAACCGAACCAUACUUCCCAUUUUCUGGAUAGAGGAAUCUGGAGAGGCCUCAGCAGCGCAAGCCGAAGUCCUGAACGACCGAGUGUUCAAGAUUCAGAGGUUGAUACAAAUGUCCGGACAGUUGCCAAUCAUGUUGGCCAUACUGCUCGGUACAAUCCUGCUGUUUAUUACAAUUGCCCCAUUUGUGGCACGAAAGAAACGAUGGCGACCAAAGAUGAUGUGGGGAGGCCAGGCAUUUGCGCAAAAUGGCGCCCACACAGAGCCAGGCACAUCUGACGACCUAGAGGCACCCCUGAUCCAACGAAGGAAUGGCACAGCCAGCCAGCCACUGCCGCCCUCCCCAGAUGGCAGCCCAUCGAACGGGAAGCUCCCCUUUCAGAAGGCGAUGAACUAA